AUGAUGCCUCUAAGACCAUCAAAAAGCGCUCUGCGCUCUUUCCACUACCAGAGGUAUAUUGCCUCUGGUAGAAGGCCUUUCACCUCGUCCGUGGCCGCAGGCAUUUCGCCCCACCGCUUUUCUACCCAGAAACGAAGCCAGAGCACCGCAUCUGCUGCUGCUUCUGACCCUAGACCUGCUCCGAGCCCUGCGUUUAACCAGGACCCCCAGCGUAACGAGGUCUCUCCGCUCCAGAACCGACAUCUCGACCUGGAUGACUCGUUCGUCGGACUCAGUGGUGGAGAAAUCUUCCACGAGAUGAUGCUUCGUCUCGGUGUCAAGCACGUUUUUGGUUACCCCGGAGGUGCUAUUCUUCCCGUCUUCGAUGCCAUCUACAACUCGAAACACUUCGACUUCGUCCUCCCCAAGCAUGAGCAGGGUGCCGGUCACAUGGCGGAGGGUUAUGCCCGCGCUUCUGGCAAGCCCGGUGUCGUCCUCGUUACCUCUGGUCCCGGAGCUACCAAUGUUGUCACUCCCAUGCAGGACGCUCUCUCGGACGGUACUCCGAUGGUUGUUUUCUGUGGUCAGGUCGCCACCGGUGUGAUUGGUACCGAUUCUUUCCAGGAAGCUGAUGUCGUCGGUAUCUCGCGCGCCUGCACAAAAUGGAAUGUCAUGGUCAAGUCUGUGGCUGAGCUGCCUCGUCGUAUCCAAGAGGCUUUCGACAUUGCAACCAGUGGCCGCCCGGGUCCAGUUUUGGUCGACCUUCCCAAGGAUAUCACCGCCGGUAUCCUUCGCAACCCCAUCCCGAUGAACAGCACCAUUCCUUCUCUCCCCAGCGCCGCGACUUUGGCUGCCCGGGAAUUGGGUAUGAAGCAGCUGCAGAGCACCAUUGGCCGCGUUGCUCGCCUUAUUAACGUCGCCAAGAAGCCCAUUUUGUACGUCGGCCAGGGUCUGCUCGCCGGUCCCGAUGGUCCUCAGGUUCUGAAGGAGUUGUCCGACAAGGCUUGCAUCCCCGUCACCACCACCCUGCAGGGAUUGGGUGGUUACGAUGAACUUGACCCCAAGGCCCUCCACAUGUUGGGUAUGCACGGAUCCGCAUACGCCAACAUGGCUAUGCAGGAGGCUGACUUGAUCAUUGCCGUUGGCGCUCGUUUUGAUGACCGUGUGACCGGCAGCAUCCCCAAGUUCGCCCCGCAAGCCAAGCUUGCUGCUAGCGAGAACCGCGGCGGUAUUGUUCACUUUGAGAUCAUGCCCAAGAACAUCAACAAGGUGGUUCAGGCCAACGAGGCCGUGGAGGGUGACUGCGCCGAGAACAUCCGCCUUCUGCUGCCUCAAAUUGAGGCUGUCUCUGAGCGACCUGAAUGGUUCGAACAGAUUAACUACUGGAAGUCGCGUUUCCCCUUCUCCCUUUACGAACAGCAGUCUCCCGACGGUCCCAUCAAGCCCCAGGCCCUGAUUGAGAAGCUCAGCGACCUUACCGCACACAUGAAGGACCGUACCAUCAUCACCACCGGUGUCGGUCAGCACCAGAUGUGGGCCGCACAGCACUUCCGCUGGCGCCACCCUCGCACCAUGAUCACCUCGGGUGGUCUUGGUACUAUGGGAUACGGUCUCCCUUCGGCUAUUGGCGCCAAGGUUGCUCGACCUGACUGCCUCGUCGUUGACAUUGACGGCGAUGCUUCCUUCAACAUGACUCUUACUGAGCUCUCUACCGCUGCUCAGUUUAACAUUGGCGUCAAGGUUCUCUUGCUUAACAACGAGGAGCAAGGAAUGGUGACACAAUGGCAGAACCUGUUCUACGAGGACCGGUACUCGCACACCCACCAGCAGAACCCCGACUUUGUGCCCUUGGCCCGCGCCAUGGGCGUUGCCGCUGAGAAGUGCACAAACGUCGCCGAUGUCGAGGCCAAGCUGAAGUGGCUGAUCGAAAGCGACGGCCCUGCUUUGCUGGAGGUUUUCACUGACAAGAAGGUGCCUGUCCUUCCCAUGGUGCCUGCCGGAUCCGGCCUGCACGAGUUCCUUGUUUAUGAUGAAGCCAAGGAACAGGAGAGAAAGGCUCUGAUGAGGAAGAGAAAAGUCAACUUUUAA